GUGAUCUUGGAAUGUCGUGAUUCACGUCAUGCACAAGACAUUUUCACUCUUUGUAUCGUAUAAGGUGAACAAGGGACUCGUGUGUUUCGCCGUGGCACUGAAAGGAUACCCAGGUUGUCAUCAUUCUGACAGGAAAAAUCCUUUCUUGGAGUUUCACUUGUGAGCAUUUCAACUGCGUCGCCCGACCAUAAUAAACCCGCUCUAAGACGAAGAAGAAUCGUCUGGAGGCUAAGUGGGCAUUUGUCUUGGUAUUCAUAAUACCAACCCGACCCUAGCAACUUCAGUUGUGCCCGAUGGGAGACGCGGGCCUUGUACCCUCGAUAUCGAGGAUCGCGGUGAUUGGGGCUGGUCCGGUGGGAGUGUCGUGUGCAAAAUACCUCCUUGCCGAAAAGGCUUUUGAUACGAUAGACAUUUACGAACAACGUGACGGUGUGGGUGGAAUAUGGAAUCUUUGCGAACCGGUGCGAUCCAGACGCAUUCCUGUGCCCCAGAUCAACCCACGAUAUGGCCACCACGACUCAGGCACCGAGUCACUGGAGUUUGAAUCGCCCCUGUAUGACUAUCUGGAGACCAACAUCCCGAAGCAACUCAUGGCCUUCUCAGACAAACCGUUCUCGAUUGCCGACCCAUUAUUUCCGAGCCACCAGGCGGUUCUACGAUAUCUGGAAGAUUACGCCGCUGAUGUGCGCCAUCUCAUCAAGUUCCAUACCGCCGUCAAGGACUUGACGCCCAUCGCCCCUCGGACCACGGCAGCACACGAACAAUGGAACCUCGUUGCCGAAGACGUGCGUACGAAAGAGACGACGCACCAUGUCUACGACGCAGUGGUGGUCGCGAAUGGUCACUAUACUAUCCCUUACGUUCCUGAUAUCAAAGGCAUCGCUGAAUGGAACGCCACCUACCCGGAGACAAUCAUUCAUUCCAAGGCAUAUCGCAGACCAGAGGACUUUCGGGGCAAGAAGGUCCUCGUGGUGGGGAACUCUGCCAGUGGUCUCGACAUUGCGACCCAGAUUGGCCUACACUGUAAACAUCCCAUUUUUCUAUCUGCCCGUUCAGUAUCAGCAUUCGGAACCUUACCACCGGCCCAGUGGCGAGAGGAUAUCGACGAGCUUGUAGAGUGCCUCCCUGCCAGCGAAGGUAACCGGGCGUUGAGAUUCAAAAGUGGCAAAAUUGAAAAGGACAUUGACGCGAUCGUCUUUGCGACCGGAUAUUUUUAUUCGUUUCCUUUUCUGUCAAAGUUGUCGCCGCCACUGGUCACUGACGGUUUCCGCACAAGAGGAUUGUAUCAGCACUUGUUUCAUAUCAAUCAUCCCACACUUGCGUUCCCAGUUAUCAAUCUCAAAGUCAUCCCCUUUCCGUUGUCUCAAAACCAGGCGGCUGUUGUUGCCCGUGUCUGGAGUGGUCGACUCAGCUUACCGGCGACGAACGAGAUGCAAAAGUGGGAGCUGAACAAUAUCGCAAUGAACGGAGAUGGCAAGUAUUUUCAUCUCAAAAAGUUCCCACAGGACGCCGCACAGAUUAAUGAGCUCUAUGCCUGGGCUCAAGAGGCGAGCAAGAGAGAUGGUCUCGAGAAUGAGGGUGUCGGCCGACUUGGGACCAGAUGGGACGAGAGACAAGUGUGGAUGAGAUCGAAGUUUCCCGACAUCAAGGCCGCUUAUCUGAAGAGAGGAGAGGCCAAAGUCAAGGUCAGAACGAUGGAAGAGCUUGGAUUCGAUUUCGAAGAGUGGCGAAAGAACGCAGAGGAGAAGGAUCUGGCGAUGUUUCAAGAGGCCAAAUGUUAGAAGGGAUGUACUGAUUUUUAAAUGCGCAUUAGUUUUAGACUUGGGUCAUGGAUGCAUCACAAUCUUGUGCAAGAGGACAUUGACAUUUCCCUCCAUCUCUCUCCAUUUUCCAAGUGCGUGAUUCUUGCGAAAUGGCGCAUUUUUUAGGUGUCAAGAUUGGCGUCGGCCUUUGGAUUGCCACCGACGAACCAAUAGCGCCAUCUUCACCAGGUACUGACUGCCUAAGGAAGAACUCAUAGACGAUUUUAAUUAUUGGAUAAAAGCCUCCCCGGCGUUACCUUACAUUCUGCUUCAUCUUUGUGUUAUCGUCUCCCUCUCUCUCUCAGCCUAUGCUGAAAGCUAGCUAAUGUCGUCUCUUGUCAAUCACAAGCAACACCAUACACUACCUAAUAUCCAAGACAUUGGGGCGCACAGCAUUCCCUCGCUUCCGUCCGGGCCGGACCUCCACCGGGAUCUUCUCGAUUUUGUUGUUCUUAGGCGCUGGAAGGGGCGAUCUGAGCGAAUGCCUAUCGAGAUAUCUUUGUACAAGGCACACGACUGAGAGAACUAAUAAUUUAAUCGUUAUCAUUGCCCUUGAGAAUGUCUCUUGACUAUUGGGCGGGCACUUCAGCGAUAAGGUAGUCUUGUGCCGCGUGCGUGAUACAACACCUCCGCAUAAGUCACCGUCCCCCCCCAAAAUUUCCUCUAUUUUACUACAAUAUACAUAACUAUUUACUUUUUUAGUAGAACUAAGUCUA